AUGUCUGGGCAUAUGUACCCGACCGAAGAGUCGAAGCGCGAUAAGCCCGACUAUGCCGAUACGGGCUUUAUCGCACAGUUCAAUGCGCUCCCGAUGCCGGCGCCCGGCACAGUGCGCCUGUUUGACCGCCAAGACUUUUACUCGGUGCAUGGCGAGGAUGCUGUGUUUGUGGCGGACUCUGUGUUUAAGACGCAAUCCGUGCUCAAGCACCUUGGGCGCGAAAAAUCCCUUGCUUCGUGCACCUUGACCGUCCCUACUGCGAAAAGCUUCUUGCGGGAAGCGCUCACCGCCAAGCAGCUCCGUGUCGAGAUCUGGUCGCAGCACGACGCGAAUGGGCGCAAGACUGGGUCAUGGACGAUCAGCAAGCGUGCGUCCCCUGGCAACUUGCAAGAAGUGGAAGAUUUGCUUUUUUUGAGCGCCGAUGUGGUGACGAGCCCCAUUGUGCUUGCACUUUGUGUCAAGCCCCAAGACGGGGUCACCAUGGUCGGCGUUGCAUUCGCCGACGCGACGAACCGCCAAGUGGGCGUUUCCGAGUAUGUUGAAAACGACCUGUUCUCCAACACAGAGUCGCUCUUGAUCCAACUGGCUGUCAAGGAAUGCCUCUUGCCCAGCGACGAAAACAGAAAAGACUACGAUCUCGCCAAGCUGCGCGCCGUUGUCGAACGCUGCGGCUGUGUCAUAAGCGAGGUAAAAAAGAGCACUUUUUCUGCGAACAAUGCCGAGCAAGAUCUGCGGCGCUUGCUCAAGACUAACGACGCGGUCCUCACCCAACUGGAGCUCAAGCUCGCCAUGGCCUCGGCGUCUGCCUUGCUCGCCUAUUUAAACCUCCUUGCCGACGAAGCCAACUUUGGCACGUUCCUCAUCCGCACCCACGACUUGUCCAACUACCUGCGCCUGGACAAUGCAGCGCUCCGUGCCCUGAGUCUUUAUCCCGAUCAUACCAGUGGCGUGAACAGCGGCCAAAAAAAUACGACCGUGUUUGGCCUGCUAAACCGGUGCAAGACAGCACAGGGCGUGCGCAUGCUCAGCCAAUGGCUCAUGCAGCCGCUUGUGCAUGUGCACGCCAUUGAAAACAGGCAAACGCUGCUGGAGAUCUAUUUGGAGGAUGUAGAAUCGCGGCAAAUGCUGCAGGAAACCUUUCUUAAGUUCAUGCCCGACUUGCUCCGCAUCAGCAAGCGGUUUCAGCGCGGUGCGUCGACGCUGGAAGAUGUGGUGCGCUGCUACCAAGCGGUGGAGCGCAUUCCCUUGCUCAUACAAACCCUCGCCGACACGCCCGUCAUUGACGAGUCCAAAAAGACGCUGCUGCACAGCACAUUUGUCGCCCCCCUCGAAGAGCUCAACGAACACCUUUUUAAGCUUGUAGAGAUGGUGGAGAUGACCAUCGACCUGGACGAGCUUGCACACCACAAUUACGUGAUCAAGCCCGACUUUGACGAAGGCCUCGGCGUGAUCAAGGCGAAGCUGACGCAGGUGCGCGAUAAGCUGGACGAACAGCACGUUCAGGCCGGCCGCGACCUUCGGCUCGAUACGGACAAGAAACUGCACCUGGAGAACCACUCGUCCUACGGCUACUGUUUCCGCGUCACACGCACGGAUGCAGGCGUGCUCAAGAACCGCAAAACGUACCUCGACCUCGGCACGGUCAAGGGCGGCGUUUAUUUUACCACGGAUGCGAUGCGCGAGCUCAACGACGAGUUCCGCACACUCUCGGAAAGUUAUGCACGCACACAGAGCCGACUCGUGAAGGAUGUCAUCGAUAUUGCCUCGUCGUAUGCACCGCCGCUCGAGCAGCUCAACACGAUUCUGGCGCACCUCGACGUGGUGCUCAGCCUUGCGCAUGUAUCGAACAAUGCGCCGAUUCCCUAUACCAAACCGCGCAUUGGCGAGCGUGGUACGCCACUUAUUCUGCAAGACUCGCGCCAUCCUUGCCUAGAAGUCCAGGAGGGGAUCCACUUUAUUCCAAACGACGUCCGCAUCGUGCCGGACGAGUGCGAAUUCCUCCUGGUCACGGGGCCGAAUAUGGGCGGAAAAUCGACGUACAUGCGCCAGAUUGGCAUCAUCACGCUCAUGGCCCAGAUUGGCUGCUUCAUACCCGCUGCCGAAGGCGCCCAAGUCCCGAUUUGCGACUGCAUCUUGGCGCGUGUCGGUGCGGGCGAUAGUCAAGUAAAGGGCGUGAGUACGUUUAUGGCGGAGAUGCUCGAGACCGCGACGAUCCUCAAGACUGCGUCCAAAGACUCGCUCGUUCUCAUCGAUGAAUUGGGGCGCGGCACGUCUACCUACGACGGUUUUGGUCUGGCAUGGGCGAUCUCGGAGUGGAUCGUUACCAAACUGCACUCCAAAUGCGUCUUUGCCACACAUUUCCACGAGAUGACCGCCUUGGCGAGCCAGCAGCAGGGCGUGCAGAACUUACAUGUCGUUGCACACGUCGCGCCGCGUGGCGAAAGCUCGCGGUACGACAAGGACAUUACAUUGUUAUACAAGGUGGAGCCGGGCACGAGCGAUCAGAGCUAUGGGAUCCAAAUUGCAGAGCUCGCCGACUUCCCAGAGAGCGUGAUUAAGCUCGCGAAACGCAAGGCAGAGGAGCUGGAGGGCGAUGCAGAGGGCCCGGGCGCAUUAGAUGCCCCGGAGAAGGACACGGAGCAGGGAAUUGCGCUCCUGGACGAGUUUCUGCGUGCUUGGGUGGAGCGUGUGGAAGCCGUGGACAGUGUGAAGCGCCAACGGACGCACCAAGUACAGCUCGAAGCGCUCCAGGCCUGCAUGCGCGACUUUGGCGAGCGGAUCGAGGAGAAUCACUUUUAA